AUGCGCAAGCGCAGAGUGCUCGCCCGAGUCUUCCCGAUCCCUUUUCCGUGUUUUCAGCUCCUCCUUCCGGAGAAGGAGCGCGGAGCUCUGGGAGAGGCGGAUAGGGCGGGGCCUGAAGCAGGGUCAGUUCCGAGGGCGUGGCGAGUAGAUGGGGCGGAACUGGUGAGUAGUGGGGCGGGGUUGCAAGGCUGCGCGCCCGGUAGCCACCGCUGCGCUGUGAACAAACGCGGCCUGGCGGGUCGCAGCGCCGCGCGGCGACCGCGAGGCGACCGGGAGCCGCUGGGACCCAGGCUGCGCGCCCCUCGGCCUGCCCGGGAGCCGCGCCAGUCGGAGUCCCGGGCGGAGCGCGGCUUGCCUCCCUCUCAGCGUUCCUCUGUGCGCAGUGCAGCCAGCGGGCAUGACCGAUCCACCAGGGGCGCCGCCGCCGGCGCUUGCAAGCCGCGGGUGAAGAAGAAAGUCCGGCCCCGCUCUUCUCAGAGCGAGAAGGUAGCUCACAGCAAGGAGUUGACUAGAAGUAAGAAAGUGACCCGUAGCAAGAACGUGACCGGGACCCAGGUAGAGGAGGUGACCAAGAUCGAGGAGGCGACCCAAACCGAGGAGGUAACUGUGGCAGAAGAGGUGACCCAGACCGAGAACAUGGCCAAGACCGAGGAGAUGGUCCAGACGGAGGAUAUGGAAACACCCAGACUCAGCGUGAUCGUCACUCACAGCAAUGAGAGGUAUGACCUUCUUGUUACCCCACAGCAAGGUAACAGUGAACCAGUUGUCCAAGACUUGGCUCAGCUUGUUGAAGAGGCCACAGGAGUUCCACUACCUUUUCAGAAGCUCAUAUUUAAGGGAAAAUCUCUGAAAGAAAUGGAAACACCAUUGUCAGCACUUGGAAUGCAAAAUGGUUGCCGAGUCAUGUUAAUUGGUGAAAAGAGCAAUCCAGAAGAAGAGUUUGAGUUAAAGAAGCUGAAAGAUUUGGAGGUAUCUGCAGAGAAGAUAGCUAAUCACCUGCAAGAAUUGAAUAAAGAGCUUUCUGGCAUCCAGCAGGGUUUUCUGGCUAAGGAAUUACAAGCGGAGGCUCUGUGCAAACUUGAUAGGAAAGUAAAAGCAACAAUUGAGCAAUUCAUGAAGAUCUUGGAGGAGAUUGACACAAUGGUCCUACCAGAACAAUUUAAAGACAGCAGGCUAAAAAGGAAGAAUUUGGUGAAAAAGGUUCAGGUGUUCUUAGCAGAGUGUGACACAGUGGAGCAAUACAUCUGCCAAGAGACAGAGCGGCUGCAGUCUACAAACUUGGCCCUGGCUGAAUGAAGUGCAGUAGAGAGUGGCUGAACUGGCCUGAAGAGCAGCUUUACAGCCCUGCCCUCUCUGGAACAGAAGUUGCCUGUUUCUCCAUUGCUGCCAGGGGCAACUAGCCAAAUGUCAAUUUCCCUGCUCCUCCGUCGGUUCUCAAUGAAAAAGUCCUGUCUUUGCAACCUGAAUUAGACUUGUGUUUUCUCA